AUGGAUUCUCAACAGAGCUCAUAUGGAGAUCUUUUAGACCUGACAGACACCGCAUCAUCAUCGUCACAUACAGGACUAUUUGAAACUAAUGAAAAUAUUGUGCUAGAGCUUCACGACAUCAAGAAGGGAGGCCCUACACCCCAAACGGAUACUGCGCAGACAGACUCGAAAAAGAAGAGAAGAAAGAAGCGAGCCCAACCAGCAACUGAUAAAAGUACUACUUCAACGUCGAGUGCUGCCUCAGAUAGUGGGCCCAAGAUCGAAGAUCAGGGGAAAGAGGAGUUCUAUGAUGCCAAGGGGAGCGUGCAUGCCCUGCCAGAGAGUCAAGCAAAGCCUGCUGCACCUUUAGUUCUCGCACAAGCACACUCUGAACAUGGACAAGAUCCGAAAGCACCCGUAGCCGAGAGAACGUCUGCAACGCAACGCCAGCCUUCCACUAUUACGAAACCUGUAGCACCACCCGAUUCUUGA